CUCCCCUCCCACUCCUCCUCUAUGUCUCUCUCCCCUCUCUCCAUCCACACCAAAGCUCUUUAAGCUAUACUUUGCGCAUGUACGAGCCAGUCACAGCAUUGCAUCGACUCCAAGAUGGCGAAAACACGUCUGGUUUGCCUCCUGACUCUCUUCUCAACUCACUGCUACUUCAGCGUGUUGGCAGUGGUCCUGAAAACAAACAACGAGUCGCCGUGGACCGACGAGUUUGACAAAAUUGAGUUGUCAUGUUUGAUUGAGUCCAUUUCUACAACCAACCCCAGAAUUGAGUGGAAGAAGAUAACCAACGAGGGACCAAGUUAUGUGUACUUUGACAAGAAGAUCUCAGGUGACCUGGAGAAAAGAGCGAUGAUCAGAGAACCUGCCACAUUACUGAUAACCAAUGCCACGAGAUCGGACACGGCCAAAUACCGCUGCGAGGUCACCGCCGCUGAUGACCAGAAGUCAUUCGAUGAGAUUGUGAUUGACCUUGUUGUAAGAGUAAAGCCGGUGGUGCCAAAAUGCAGUGUCCCAAAGUCAGUGCCUUUUGGGAAGUCAGCUGAGCUGAGCUGCGUGGAGGACGAGGGCUUCCCCAAGUCUCAGUACCAAUGGUUCAAGAACAAGGAGGAGAUCCCCGACGACCCAAAGUCCAGCCUCAAGUUCUUCAACUCCUCGUACACGCUCAACGCCGACUCAGGAGCUCUGAAGUUCAUCGCAGUCAGAAAAGAAGACGCAGGCGACUACUUCUGCCGAGCGAAGAACGACGCAGGAUACGCCGAGUGUCCACCGCAGCAGAUGGAAGUCUAUGACAUCGAUAUUGUGGGGAUUGUAAUGGGAGUGCUGGUGGUGGUCGUAGUGCUCUUAUGUAUAACAGCAGGGAUCUGCUGCGCGUACAAGCGAGGCUACUUCUCCAGCCAAAAACAGACGGGGAACAAUUACAAGGUUCCAGCUAAAGGAGACGGAGUGGACUACGUCAGGACGGAGGAUGAGGGGGAUUUCCGACACAAGUCGUCAUUUGUGAUCUGAAAAGGGAGAGGACGAUGAGGGGCGCCAUGCUGAGAGGAAGACGUGACAUGUGGGACUGCGCUCCACGCUGUCUGACUAACGGAGCUGCCACAGUUCGUGCUCGGAGCUCUCAGCAUGACUGAAAUCCAACUACUCAAGUUUGCCAAAGGUGACAAGAUUUCACAGGACGACGACAUGUCAAAACUAUUACACGUGUAGGGACUGAGAUUCAUUUGUCGACUUUUAUCACCACCCACCGAAUUUUCUUUUGCUAAAUUACGGAGUUCUUACUUUACAGUUAUUGCAUGGUUUUAAACACCAACUGAGGUGGAGAGCAAAGGAGGAGUCUCUUUCCUCCGAACGUCAGUCAAUCAUGACGCCUUUCUACUUCUGCUUCAAAACCUUUCGUCAUUUGUAUAACAUUUCUUUUCUACUGUUGAAAUUUGUCAGACUAUUUUUGAUGGAAUAUAUUUUAAAAUGCCUAUAGAUAAAGGUUUACUUUUUUAAAUAUUUGUAAAAUACUAACAUGUGUUGUUUUUUUUUAUUUGGUUGUGGAUAAAAAAAAAAAAACUAUGUAACACUUUUAGCCACAUCAAGCUGUCAGCAUUUACACCUUUGCGAUCAGAAGAAAGAAAGACAGAUGACUUCAUAUCGAGAUGUGGUUCUUGAUCGGCGGUCUUACAUAUUUAAUUUCUCCGCUGGGAAUUCCCACUUUUCUGUUGUGAGAGACUUCCGUGUUCAUGUUUUGUAGAUAGUCUUAGUAAGAGGCUUUGAAGAGUGCCAGUCAAAUGCUGUGAAACACUGCGCACAAUCAGUGCUGCAUUUUCUUGAUUUUAAGUGUCCUUCUAUGCUUGCUGUUAAUCUUGUAUAUAUUGAAUUUACUGUCCAGGA